CCCAUCCGCCUUCUUCUCCCCUAUAUAAGGACAAGGGCUUCACUUUGAUAAUUCAGUCGCUCACGAGACGAACUAGGAGAAUGAAGGUCUUCAUCUUCCUCUUCUGCUCCAUUGCCACCGCUUUCGCCACCGAAGGAUGGGUGGACUGCGGUGGAUCGGCAUCGGAUCAUGGACUGGAUAUUUCCGAUUGUCCCAGGGUUCCAUGCGUGUUCUCGCACGGAGAUCAAUUCACCAUCACCGGCACCUUCACAUCUAAUGUGGAAUCCAGGACGCUGGUGCCGUAUGCUUUGAUCACAGCGGGAGGAAUUGAGCUGGAUAUCACAGAACUGUUGGGUAUUGAUGAAAAUGCCUGCAAUGACUUGGUAACCGGGGAUUGUCCCAUUCAAGCGGGGGAGGAUCUCGUCUACAGAACCUCUGGCACCAUCAUCGACAUCCCUGGAGUCUCUGGGGAUUUGAUCGUAACGAUGAUAUUGGCUGGAGACAAUGGAGAGGACGACCCACUGACCUGCGCUGAAGUCCAUUUCUAUAUCGAAUAAUGAUGUCCGAAGAAACUGAUUAUCAGUUCAAAAACGAAUAAAACCAUGCAUGCAGCAAGA